AUGCACCCAUCCGUUAGAUCCGUUGAGGAGGAGGAGGAGGAGGAGCUUGGGCUGUUUGCAAAGCGGCCGCCGUUGUCUGCUCCUCAUAAUAACCCAGUCUGACCCAUCCUUUACUACUCAGUUUGCGCCUAUUGUCUCAGCCUAUUUCCUUCCCUCUAGUUAAUCUGUUAACUGGUUUUUAGAUUUUGAUUUUGUUUGGAUUCUCUGAUCAACUGACAGUUGAGAGAGCUCCUGCAGUCAUCAGCUUGUGGGAUUUUCCUCUCUUUGUUCGGAGCUGUGGUUUGGAGAGCAUGGCGUUUGGAAUGGGCCGGACGUUGCCCGCGCUGGUACUGCUCAUCAACUUUUUCUUGCACCUGAUUUCUGCGUGCUUGGCGGGUUGGGCUCUCAACCGAAACUUGGGUGCCACCAUUGGCAUCGGUGCAGGCCCCAUUGGUAAUGUGGUGACCCCAACCUUUUUGCCCCUGGCGCUCAUUGCUAGCAUGGUGGGUCUAGCCUCAGUUUUUGCUGGAGUUAAUCACUUGCGGGUCUUUCGCAGUGAUAGUUUGUCCUCAGCUGCGUCCACCUCCCUUAUUGCUUGGUUCCUCUCCCUUCUUGCCAUGGGCGUUGCUUGCAAGGAGAUUCACACCGGAGGUAGCAACCGCCAAAAGAGACUGAAAACUUUGGAAGCCUUCACAAUCAUCCUUGCUUUCUUCGAGGUUCUCUACCUCCUGUUAUUACAAGCAGGCUUCUUCAGAACUAGCGAUGAUGGAUAUGACCAAUCCAGGGCUGCGAACGCCAAAACUGGUAUAACAUAUGGCACACCAGCUGCUGCCGCUGUCUAACCUCAACGUUGGAAUGAACCAGUAGAGCAUUCUGAUAGGGGGCCAUUCUGAUAGGGGGCCAUUUUGCAGUCCUUUUGUACUCAUACGACGUUGUAGAAGGGAAAAAAAUUGUAGGCAACAUAGUUAUGCCAUCCUGGCUAUGGAGGAUGUCUCGUAGUUUAUGCUGUAGAUUCCCGUACUCUGUAUCAUUUGUCCUUUAAUUCAUGAAACUGUUGUUCUGCGAUUGGUGUGAA